CAGCCCGGGGAGGGGGUGAGCGAUGUCCCUGGCGGAGCGGCGGCGGCGGCGAGAGGAAGAGGCGGGGGAAGGGGAAGAUGGGGAUGGGGCCGGCGCAGGCGAGGAGGUGGUGCAGAUCCGGCUGGGGGACAAGUGCUACCCGGUGUGCAAGAGGAAGCUGAUCGAGCAGAGUGACUAUUUCCGAGCCCUCUACCGCUCGGGCAUGCGGGAGGCAGGGCAAGGCCAGGAGGAGCAGCUGCUGCGGGGGGGCCUGAGCGCUCUGGGGCUGGAGCUGGUGCUGGACUUCAUCAACACCUCCUGCUUGGCUAGGCUGGAGCAGGAGGAGGAGGGCGAUGAGGACCCCCCGUUGCUGGAGGAGCUGGUGGAAGCCGCUUCCUACCUGCAGGUCACGCCGCUGCUCCGUCUGCUGCUCUCCCAGGUGAGGCUGGGCAACUGCUUCGAGCUGCACCGCCUGGCUCAGGUCUACGGGCUCCAGGACUUGCACGACGCUUGUCUGGAGUUCAUGGCUACCCAUUACCACCAGGUGCUGCGGAGGCCCGAUGCUCGGCCCCAUCUGCUCCUGCCCCACGCUCUCCAACAGCACUUGAAGGAGAUGCGAAUGAGGGGCACCGCCACUCUUGUGGCCAUCGGGGACUUCAUGAGUUCCUCCUCCCUGGGCCUGCCUCGGGGCCGUCACCCUCAGGUGGAAGCCCCCUGGUCUAUGCUGAGGUAUGAUGAGGAAGCUGAGAGGUGGCUGCCCCUGGCCAACAACCUGCCCCCUGAUCUGGUCAACGUCCGAGGCUACGGGUCGGCGAUGCUGGACAACUACCUUUUCAUCGUUGGAGGCUACAGGAUCACCAGCCAGGAGAUUUCAGCUGCCCACUGUUACAAUCCUUGCCUCAACGAGUGGAGUCAGCUGGCUUCAAUGAACCAGAAGAGGUCCAACUUCAAGCUGCUGGCUGUCAAUGGAAAGCUCUACGCCAUCGGUGGCCAGUCCCUCUCCAACGUGGAGUGCUAUAACCCAGAAAACGACUGGUGGAAUUUUGUAGCAUCCCUGCCAAACCCUCUUGCAGAGUUCUCAGCUUGUGAAUGCAAGGGCAAGAUCUACGUGAUUGGAGGAUACACGACACGAGACAGGAAUAUGAACAUUUUGCAGUACUGUCCCACCUCUGAUUCCUGGACCACCUUUGAACUUUGUGAUGUGCACGUUCGCAAGCAGCAGAUGCUGUCUGUUGAGGAAACAAUUUAUCUGGUGGGGGGCUGCAUCCAUGAGCUUGGACCAAACCAGAAGUCCAGCCAGAGUGAGGACGCCUUAACUGUGCAGUCUUACAACACUGCUACCAAAGAAUGGCUCUACCUCAAAGAGAACACCUCCAAAUCAGGCCUGAACUUGACGUGCACUCUGCACAACGAUGGGGUCUAUAUCCUGAGCAGGGAUAUCACUCCAUCCACCAGCUUGGAGCACCGUGUUUUCCUGAAGUACAACAUCUUUACAGACAGCUGGGAGUCACUGAGGCGCUUCCCAGCCUUUGGACAGAACAUGCUGAUCUGCUCUAUGUACUUGCCUGAUGUGCACCAUGUGUAACGCCAGCCACUUUCUCUUUGCAGCUCAUUGAUUACUCUUGGAAGGAAUAUUGCCCUCUCUACACUGUUCCAUUUUUCAGGACGUAAUGUGUGUGCAGAUCUUAGGCUUAAAACACUGCCUCUCUUCUGUGGAGAAGUUACAACACUGAGUAUUGAGAGAAAUGCUUCCAGAAACAGUUCUGAGAUGGCAGUUAGUAAAAGUUACUGCUUUGGACUCAAACUUCCCCCAAGGUUUAUUUACAAUUUAAGUGCAGAACUGCUCUGUUGGUAACUGAUAAAGGGAUUCCAAAGGCAAAACUGAUCAGACUAGUAUUGCUCUUCAUCUUAAUAGUGUAGGAGACGAGCAGGAAGUACACAUGAUAAAAGAAGAACUAGUGCAAUAAAAUAAAUAAGUAGUAGACUAAAAAGUCACAAAAGGAAGGAUUCCUCUUAAAAUACCAUUUCUGCUCCAACUAUGUCUUUUCAAAUACACACUGUUUAAAAUUG